CCAUGCUGUGAGCCAAUCAGAAGCGUCCAGGUCAUAGGUGCUUCAAGAUGGCCGCCGCUCGGAACGGGAAGAGUGGACUCCUGGAGAAGUGGAGGAUUGAUGAGAAACCAGUGAAGAUCGAUAAAUGGGACGGAGCCGCAGUGAAGAACUCUCUGGAUGACGCUGCAAAGAAGGUGUUCCUGGAGAAGUUCGGCUAUGUGGAGAACUUCAACCUGGUGGACGGUCGGCUGCUGAUCUGCACCGUGUCCUGCCUGUUCGCCAUGUUGGCCCUGGUCUGGGACUACCUGCACCCCUUCCCCGAAUCCAGACCGGUUCUGGCCUGCUGUGUCAUCUCGUACUUCAUCAUGAUGGGUGUCCUGACUCUGUACACGUCCUACAAAGAGAAGAACAUCUUCCUGGUGGCUCUGCAGAAGGAUCCAGCUGGGAUGGACCCGGACCACGUCUGGCAGCUGUCGUCGUCCCUCAAACGGUUUGAUGACCAGUACAUGCUCAGAGUCUCCUUCACCGAUGGGAAGUCCAGGUCAUCGAGGGAAAUCGAGGUCACCAAAUCUGUGUCGGAGUUUUUCGACGAGAACGGGACGCUGGUCAUGGACCAGUUUGAGAAGUGUGUUUCCAAACUCCAUGACACGUUAUCGACCGACAAGAAAAGCAAAUAACACAAACGGGGACAAACACCCCGACGCCAUUUCAAUUCCGAUCAGGCAUUGUAAAGACCAGUGAAGACCAGAGAACGGCUCCGGUUUAGACCACACCCACUUAAUAAAACCAACCCACUCAGUCAUCUCUGAUGGACCUGAAACAGAAACCUAGUCACCUGUAAACCUUCAGAUCCAGAUUCACACAGUGGAAGAGAAUUCACUAAAUGAACCUUAGACCCUGAUCAGUCCUUAUCCAGGAUCCACCGAAAAUAAAUAAAACCUCCACAGCAAAUCUGGCAACAAAAAAAAAAAGAUGCAUAAAUAGUACAACUUCACAACAUUCACCUUUUUACACUUAGUGUAAAAGAAAAGUAGGAGGAGACAUGACAUUAAGAAGAAAAUGUCGAAAAUUAAGAUUAAAACUGUAAAUCUGAGAAGGAAGCAAAUGUAAAAGGAGAAAAUGUGAAUAUUCUGAGAUUAAGUCGCAAGUUUAUGACAAAACUCACAAAUCCAAGAAUCUUGUAUGUUUCCAACUUUAAUCUUGGUUUUUUUCAUGUUUUAUUUAGUUUUCUGUUUAAUAUAAAAGUUUUAAUCGUAUGAUGAUUAAACAAUGUCGUCUGUGAAUCUCCUCCUUUUCAGUUUUGUCGUGAAUCUAGUGACGUAAACCACGACACAAACGGCGGCAGAUUGUAGACGGUUAAUUUUUUUGUGCCAAAGUAUUCUGGGAACUGUAGUCUUAGACCUGACAUAUUGACAGAUUAAAACCACCGAGGAACUGAGAACUAAACACCGUUGCACAAAAACAACUCUUCGAAGUAGAGUUUCUUUUCUCUGAGGUUCGUUGAGUUCCAUUUGUGUUGUGAGUUUGUCGGCUCUGGUCCAGUUUGGUUCUGGUUCUGGUCCCGUUUGAUUCUGGUUUGGGUUUCAUCCGUUUUGUGAAUCAGAUUCAUUAGUGUUUCUUCUUUUUCAAUGUGUCAGAUUUAAUGUUUUGAUGAAAACUAAAUUUACCGAUGAGUUAAUUGGAUUAUUUUUUUAAGUAUUCAAGUGUUGAAAUCUUUCUGCUUCAUUUAUUCAGGUUCCUCUGUUUUUUGUUUCUAUUUUUGGUUGUUUUUCUUUCUGUCUUUGAUGUUUAUGUUUUUAGAUUUCUUGAAUUUGUAUGAAAUGUAAUUUUUUUUCUAGCUUGUUCUUUUGCCCUUUUUCUCAGUUUCCUUCAGGAUCCAAGAUUGAAUGGUUCGUCUUUAAUAAAACUCUUUAAAGGUUAAAGUUUUAGGGUGAAAACAACUCAUCGCUGUUACAUUAAACUGGAGCCUCAACAUCAUUAAUUACCAGAGACACAAACCUGUGUCAUGACGCUGAAACUGUUUUUUUUUUUUUUUUGUCUGAUGGAGUUGUGUUGUUUUGGAUUUAAAGCUGAUGAUUUAUGUUUGAUGGGUUCAUCUACAAUGUUGAUCAAUAACGAACCAACGGAUGCUGAUCAGAGGAAUCAAUGCCUUAACAACUGAACGUGGACUGAAUGUCGACCAGACUUUAUGUUGAAUGUUUUUUAUGCUUUUGUUUUUGUGUCAUUGGAAAAAAAUCCAAAUAAACCUUGAACCUGGAA